CAGGCUGAGUGGGACAGACUUCCACAGCAACUGAAUCUCAACUCAGAAGCGCUACAACGAUCAAUAGCCUAACUUUACCUGCGAACCGGUUGCACUUCUGAAAUAAUAUAGGCUACAUCGGUUUGCUUUACGACUUUACUUUUAAAUAAACAAUAAUAGCCUAAUAAUAAUUUAUUCUCUUUUAAUUAGUCAUUUAAAGCACAUUCAAUGGAAUACCAAAAGGCGGCAGAAUUGAACAGUAUGGGCAAAGGCAAAAUCGUCACAGAGUAUCUUUGCCGUAACGGCUUUAGCGAGCUGACAGUCGAAUCGAAAAAAGUAUCUGUCCAGCACAAAAACGACACAUCCCGGAAAGAGACAGAGGAAGAGUCGCGUUUACCUGCUCUGGAGGCGGCGUACACAACCAUCCUGCGAGGUCUGGGAGAAAACACUGACCGACAGGGGCUCCUCAAAACCCCGCUCCGAGCUGCAAAGGCCAUGCAGUUCCUGACCAAAGGCUACCACGAGACCAUCUACGAUGUCCUUAAUGAUGCCAUAUUUGAUGAAAACCACGAGGAGCUAGUUAUUGUGAAAGAUAUUGACAUGUUUUCGCUUUGUGAACAUCAUCUAGUACCAUUUUUUGGCAAGGUUCACAUAGGAUAUCUGCCAAGUAAAAAGGUUGUUGGUCUCAGUAAGCUUGCGAGGAUUGUUGAAAUCUACAGUCGCAGACUUCAAGUCCAAGAACGCCUAACAAAGCAAAUAGCAAUGGCAAUCUCAGAGGCCUUGCAGCCUGUCGGUGUGGCAGUUGUCAUCGAGGCAGCUCACAUGUGUAUGGUCAUGCGUGGGGUGCAGAAGAUGAACAGUCGUACUGUGACCAGCGCCAUGCUGGGUGUGUUCAGAGAGGAUCCAAAAGCUCGAGAAGAGUUCCUGGCCCUGACCAAAGGUGCACAGUGAUCGCACUACCUCCCCAGCUCCAAUUCCAUCAGUGUGUUUACAGUCAAACAGGUCAACGAAUAUUCUCUACAUUUGAAA